AAAAGCGGCAUACGCCACAUAUUUUGCUAUGAUUAUGGUGGCUACGAUUAUGAGCUUGAGCCAAAAAUCCAGGAACGGUGUUUAGAAGUUUCCACCCGGUGCGUUUCAAAUGUGACACAGGAGUCUGUGCACGUGGGCUUGUGAACGAUGCUGUCAAAAUUCCAGAAUCGUCAGCAAGCUGUCUAGAUAGCGCAGUGAAGGUUAUGAAGAGAUGCCAAAGAAAGGCAGAAGAUUGAAGAAGUGUGAUGAGGAGGAGGAGGAGGAGGAUGUACCUGUCAAGCAGAUGAAGAUCAUGAACAGCUCCACCGCUCCGCUGUGCUUUGACUCGCCGUGUGAUUUCUUCCAGAGUCUGAUCAGUCCGGUCGGGCUGGACGAGUUCUUCCAGCAGUACUGGGAGCAGAAGCCUCUGGUCCUGCACCGGUCCGACGCGGCUCUGGCCUCUUAUUACCGCUCCCUGUUUCAGCUGUCGGACGUGAAGCAGCUCUGCGCUCGCGGCCUGCGAUACGCCACGGACCUCAACGUCUGCCGCUGCAUCGACGGCAAGAAAAAAGUGCUGAAUAAAGCAGGAAAAGUCAAGUUCAGUCAGCUGAAGAAAGACUUUGAGGAGAAGAAAGCCACCAUACAGUUGCACCAGCCGCAGAGGUUUAAGGAUGAGCUGUGGCGCAUUCAGGAGCGGCUGGAGUGUUUCUUUGGGUCGCUGGUCGGUUCUAACGUCUACAUCACGCCUCGCGGCUCUCAGGGUCUCCCACCGCACUAUGACGACGUCGAGGUCUGUGAUCUGGAAACAAGUUCAGUCAUGUCUGCUGCUCUCAUCUGUACUGUAGUGCUGAUCCUUCAGCUGGAGGGACAGAAACACUGGAGGCUCUACCAGCCCACCGUCCCUCUGGCCCGCGAGUACAGCCUGGAGCCCGAGAACCGCAUAGGCCCCCCGACACACGACUUCAUCCUGCAGGCUGGUGACUUACUGUAUUUCCCCCGAGGAACGAUCCACCAGGCGGACACUCCUUCAGACGUGGAUCGAUCCACACACCUCACGCUCAGCGCCUACCAAAACAUGUCGUGGGGCGACUUCAUGCUGGACGUGAUUCCCGGCUGCGUGUUUGACUGCAUGAGGCGUGAGCGCGGGAUGCGCAGCGGUCUGCCUCGUAAUCUCCUCACGUCUCCGAGCAUCGGUCCUGAUGUUAAUAAGCAGCUGUGUGCAUUUCUGCGACGUUUGGCUGAUGAUUUAGAGUGGGACAAUCAUGAGUUGCGCUCCACUGCUAUGAAAAGAGACUUCAUCUCAAACCGACUGCCACCGUACCUGCUGGACCAGGGCGACGUCGAUCCCGUUGGGAAACCACCGUCGAUAGAGGACACUGUAUGUAUCCGGUUUAAAGAGCAUCUUCUUCUAACGGUGGAGCCCAGUCAAGAGAACACUGACGAGGCCACAGAGCUGGUUGUAUUUGUGUUACAUUCUUUAAAGAACAAGAGAGAAACGCACAUGAUGGGAGCAUCUGAUGAUGAUGAUGAUGAUGAAGAAGAAGAGGUCAUCUCACAGGGUCUGCGGUUCCCUCUGACACAUCUGUCUGCGCUGAAGCAGCUGCUGCGCUCUGAACGCGUCCCGGCUGCGCAGCUGCAGCUCACGCAGGAUGAAGAUAAACUGGGGCUGAUGCUGGGACUCUGGAGCGAAGGACUGCUGUGCAUCUGCCAAACAUCGUAAUGAGUCGUUGCUUUAUGUCGUGUAUAUCUGUAAAACAACUGACACACUAUCAGCUGAUCCUUCUGCAUGUGUGUUUGUGAACAAACUGCAGCCUUACAGCGUCUGUGUUCAUCAGAAAUGGUUACACACAUCUCAGAACUGGAAGAAGUUAUGUAAGCUAUGUAUUGUAGCUUAAGGCUGAAUAAAAUGUCAUGAGUCA